AUAUCAGUCCCCAGCAGUUCUUGGUUCAUCUCUGAAUGAAAGGAUUUGCAGUUCCUUCUUAAACAUUCAGAAGCUAAAAGAUCAUUUGUCGAAAUGGAAGAUAAAGAAGUGGCUUUUUACAGAUUAUCACAGAAUGAUCAUCACACACAGUGUCCAGAAAACUCAUCUGCCACCGAUGUACAAGUGGGUGAAAGUGACGAGAACGUGGAGCGAGGCAACUGGUCCUCGAAGACCGACUACCUGCUCUCAAUGAUCGGCUGUGCUGUGGGUCUGGGCAACGUCUGGAGAUUCCCUUACCUGGCGUACAGGAACGGAGGAGGUGCCUUUCUCAUUCCCUACACACUCAUGCUGGCACUCGUUGGGAUGCCGAUGUUUUUUUUGGAAUCGUCCUUUGGGCAGUUUGCCAGCCGCGGACCUGUUGCAGUGUGGAAAGCCGUGCCAAUACUACAAGGUGUUGGGAUUACCAUGGUCCUUGUGAUUUCACUCUUGGACAUUUCCUACUGCAGCAUCAUCGCCUACAGCCUGUUCUACCUGUUUGCCUCCUUCCAAUCCCCGCUGCCGUGGUCAGACUGCUUCAGCUGGUGGGGUGCGGAUGAAACCUGCAGUCGGACACCCAGAGAUUUGCUGUGCAAUCUCAGUGUGACCAAUGGAUAUUUUGAAAUUCUUGACACAACGUGGCUGCAUGCAAGUAAUGAAUCUUACUCAAAUGGAUCAGAAUUCUGCGUUCAUUUCCAAGGCCCAAGUGAGCAAUACUGGGAUAAAGCAGUUUUACACCGUUCAAGUUCCAUGGAUGAGACGGGGAAGAUCGUCUGGCAAUUAGCCCUGUGUCUGCUCCUGGCCUGGCUGAUGGUUGGAGCUGCCUUGUUUAAAGGAAUCAAAUCUUCAGGAAAGGUGGUUUAUUUCACUGCAACAUUCCCGUACGUGGUUCUGACUGUACUUCUGAUCCGAGGACUGACCCUGGAGGGAGCCCGGAAAGGGAUUGAAUUCUACAUUGGAAGUCAGUCGGACUUCUCAAAGCUAGCUGAUGCUGAGGUCUGGAAAGAUGCUGCAACUCAGAUAUUCUAUUCUAUAUCAGUGGGCUGGGGCAGCUUAAUAACCCUGUCAUCCUACAACAAAUUCCACAACAACUGUUACAGAGACACCAUCAUUGUCUGUGUGGUGAACUGUGCCACGAGUGUGUUUGCUGGAUUUGCCAUCUUCUCCGUCCUGGGACACAUGGCUCACGUACAGGACAAGCCUGUUUCAGAGGUCGCUCAGUCAGGUUUCGGUUUGGCUUUCAUCGCCUACCCAGAGGCUUUAACACAUCUGCCGUGGGCUCCUCUCUGGUCUGUAUUGUUUUUCUUCAUGUUGCUCACGCUGGGACUCGACACUCAGUUUGCAGGUUUAGAAACAGUUCUAACAAGUCUGCUGGACCAGUUUCCUAAGAUGUUGAAAUUGAAACGUAUUUAUAUGACAAGUGGAAUUUGCUUGUUGUUUUAUUUCCUCGGCCUUGUGUUUGUUACAGAGGCUGGAAUUUACUGGUUGAAUUUAAUUGAUUAUUUCUGCACCGGGUGGAUUCUCUUGAUUGUGGCCCUGUUGGAAGUGACCGGUCUGAGCUGGAUUUAUGGGAUAAACAGGUUCAUCAAGGACAUUGAGAUGAUGAUUGGGAGCAAGAUUUGGUUCUUCUGGCUGUGGUGGAGAGUGUGCUGGCUUUUCAUCUCUCCAAGCUUGCUGGCUGUAAUAUUAUUCUGGUCCUUGGCGACAUUUUCCAUGCCUACAUAUGGACCUGUAGAGUACCCAGAGUGGGCAACAGCUCUUGGCUGGUUUAUACUAAUCUUCUGCAUCAUGUGGAUUCCCAUUGUUGCCAUCGUGAGAGUUGCCCAAGCUAAGGGCACCAACCUGUGCCAGAAACUUUCUGCUGCCUGCAGAUCAGCUCCUGAUUGGGGUCCAUAUUUGGAAAAGCACAGAGGAGAAAGAUACCGAAACUAUCCUCAUUCUGCAGAUGAUCCAAACCGUCCCACCUGUUAUCGCAUCUGACAAAUCAACAGUUUAGAGAGGAUGUAUACACCAGGAUCUCGAGACCUGUAGCUGCUCAGAUAUCGUACCUUAAUUUCAGAGAGAGUUCUUUACAACAGCCACCAGUCUGCUGAAAUACAAGGUAAUCAAUUUGGUUUAGGUUGGAUUCAGGGAGGAAUUACUGAACAUUAGACUCACCAUGAUCAUUUGUAUAUACGCCACACAACUAUAAAUAGCUCGUUCUAAGCUUUCCCCUAGUCUAGUUUCAGUCAAUAAAAUACUGAAUCAAGCACGUGCACAACUAAACUUUAUUUUGAAUAACACAACAAUUCCCCUCUACUAUACCUAACCACUGGGUUCGAUCCUUGUAUCUGCUUGUCCAAGCUUUCCUAGCCUCGUGCAAGCAGAAACACUCCAAAAGGUCACGCAGUUCCAAGUGUUCUUCCAGAAGAUCAACACAGGACCCCGUGGGAUCUACCUUUUAUAGGUCCCCGAACUCCUUGUGGUUCGGCCUCUCAAGGUUCGGGGACCUAUAAAAGGUAGAUCCCACGGGGUCCUGU